UAUGGGUUGAUAACAACAUAAUUGCGAUAAUAAGUGCGAGGCGGGUCAAAGAGAUGACUUGUUCAACUUGUAUUGAGAAUAUUUACAUAAGAUCAACGAAGUGCGUGUGAUCGGUCGUGGACCUUUAUUAUAAAUUCGAUCAGAAUUAAACAGUUAUAAAUGCCUGAAAACCAAAAACACGAUGUCGGAUCAUAUACGCAAAGCAAACAAAAUAUAGACGAAGAUGAUUUAGAAAGUGAUUUAAAGAAAUCUGUGGAUCUUGACAAAGUGUUGAGUGAGGAGCUGGGGCAGUUUGGCUGGUUCCAAUUGCGAAACAUUCUGCUGGUGGCUGUUCCUAUCGUGAUGGCUACUUUCAUAAACGAGUAUGUCUUCUCUGCAGCUGACACACCACACAGGUGUCGGAUUCCAGAAUGUGGUGAAGCUGGCAAGUUAAAUAAAUAUGAUCCUGAAUGGAUUUCAAACGCAGUCCCAAUGACCGAGAGGGGUUUUGACAGUUGUCAUAGAUUCGCACCAAUAGUUAUUGAAAGUAACGGAACUUUGAGUUAUUGUCCUAAUACACUAUUCAAUAAUAACUCAACAGUUGCUUGUGAGGGAUUUGUGUAUGCUAAAAAUAACACAGUUGUGUACGAAUUUGAUCUCGGAUGCCAAGAUUGGUUGCGAGCUCUGGCAGGCACUUUAAACAGUAUAGGCACUUUAUUGGUAUUACCUAUAACUGGUUACAUUUCUGAUCGUUUCGGCAGAAGAAUAGCUCUCAUCAUCAGCGUCCUCAACCUGGGCGUCUUUGGUCUCAUCCGCGCAUUCUCCGUCAAUUACACAAUGUACUUGAUACUUCAACUCCUGCAGACAACACUCGGUGCUGGGGCUUAUAGCACAGCAUAUAUUUUUGCCACAGAGCUAGUCGGGCCGAAGUAUCGGGUUGUAACAAGUGCGACGAUAUCAUCAUUAUUUGGACUCGGUCAAGUGUUUCUUGGUAGCGUAGCAUGGCUGGUAUCACCCUGGCGUUCAAUGCUAAUUGUCCUGAAUACUCCUUGUUUUCUUAUAAUAUCAUACUACUGGAUACUCUCUGAAAGCCUACGAUGGCUUCUUUCGAAGAAUAAGUAUUCAGAAGCGAAAAAAGUAUUACAGACAGUUGCAAAAGUUAAUAACACAUGUAUCAGCGAAAAGUCCUUGAACGCUCUAUUAAAUUCUUCGGAUUCUUCUGUUACGACAACUAAACAUGAAGGCCCUGGCAUAUUAGUACGUACAAUAUUAAAAUCUCCUGUUUUGCUUAGAAGAGUAUGCACAACUCCUAUUUGGUGGAUCACUGCCAUCUUCGUUUACUACGGCCUGUCUAUCAACUCUACUGGUCUCUCCGACACUAUGCAUUUGAACUAUAUUUUGACAUGCGGCAUUGAAAUUCCUGGUUUUUACUCAGCAGUUUUACUUUUAGAUAGAAUUGGAAGAAAGGCAACAAUUUCGUCGUGUUAUUUUAUCUGUGCUUUUUGCAACAUCGCCUUUGUGUUCAUUCCUAGUGAGUUGACCGUCCUGCGGUUGAUAAUAUACUUGUUGGGAAAGUUCAGCGUUUCGACUGCGAUGACGUCUCUGUACUUGUUCACGUCAGAGCUGUACCCGACGGAGUACAGGCACACGUUAUUAGCUUUCUCGUCUAUGGUCGGACGGAUAGGUUCUAUAACAGCACCGCUCACACCAGUGCUUAAGGAGUACUGGCAUGGGAUUCCAUCAUUCAUGUUCGCUGGCAUGGCCAUACUUUCUGCACUGUUGGUGUUCACACAACCAGAGACUCUGGGCAUGAAGCUGCCUGACACGUUGGCUGAAGCUGAAGCUAUUGGGAAACAAGACAAAACAUCAACUGACGCAGAGAUAGUGAAAAAUUAGAGAAUUAAAAAUCAACUUAUAGAUAGAUUCUACAGUAUUAUUGUUGUCUAAUGCAAAUUUAUGAUAAAAUUAGCAUUUUAAGAGUUAAUAAAAAGAAAAUGCGGU